AUGGGGAAAGCUGGCGGCAGAUACUUAGAAGGCCCUGUUGCAGAAGCUCUGGGGAUGCUGUACUGGGAUGUUCCAGCUAGCAAUAAAACCAGCAACCUUGGAAACCUGUACAGCCCCCUCGGAAGCCACUGUAGCAUAGUGGUAACUAGAGACAGUGAUGACAUGAACAUCACACCUGACCUGAAGCAUGGAAGGAAGGCAGCGGUCAGCCUAGCGCAUCUUCUCCGAGCGCCCCAGCGGGGAGUGGAGGUGGGUCGUGGCGGAGGGGCACACGCACUCCGCGUGCACACUCGCCGCCAGCGCCGGGGCGCGCUCACACUCACGCACACACACGCGCGCGCCUGCUCACCAGCACCUCCCGAGGUUCGGAGCCCGCGUGGGACGGCGACUGCGGCAGCUGGCCCCACACCGGCCGUGUGGUCUUCGCAUCCGUGUGUCCGCUGCAGCCCUGGCCGCGCGCGGUGGCUCAGGCUGGAAGGCGCGCAGCCGGUGACCCGGGCACCGGCUCGGAGGCGCCCGCUCGCCAGGCUCGGCCGCGCCUCCCCUCUCCGCACGCCAAGGGAGCUGGCGUAUUCCACCGGCUCGGCUCACCGCGCUGUUCGCCCGCCUUCCUCCUUUCCUCUCCUUCCUCCCCCCUCUAGGCGGGGGCUGCCAGCGCCCGCCCUCGCCAACCACGCGCGGGCCGUGGACCCCGAGAUUGUAGUAGCAGCCGCCGCCUCCGGAACAGAAAUUGUCACUGCGAUGGUCCCGGCCUCCCCUGCCUCGGCCCCAGGGUGCCGCCUCCGCCUCUGCCUCCGCCCCCUCCUCCCUCCGCGGGGGCGGCCUCCCGCAUUCUGCAGAAAAAGCUCGCAGCCCAUCUGCCAGGCAGCCUAUCAGAACGACCUCAGUCAGGUGUGGCGCUGGGUGAGGGAAGACCCCAAGUACAUCAACGUUCAAGAUGGCUUUAAUGGAGACACUCCCCUCAUCUGUGCUUGUAGAAGAGGGCACCUGAGAAUUGUAUCCUUCCUUCUAAGAAGAAAUGCUAAUGUGAACCUCAGAAACCAGAAAGAGAGAACAUGCUUGCAUUAUGCCGUGAAAAAAAGAUUUACCUUCUUUGAUUAUCUACUUAUCAUUCUCUUAAUGCCUGUUCUGCUUAUUGGUUAUUUCCUCAUGAUAUCAAAGACAAAGCAGAAUGAAACACUUGUACGGAUGUUGCUUGACGCUGGCAUUGAAGUUAAUGCUACAGACUGCUAUGGCUGCACGGCCCUCCAUUAUGCCUGUGAGAUGAAAAACCAGAGCAUUGUCCCCCUGCUGCUUGAUGCCCAUGCAGACCCCCUGAUAAAGAAUAAGGAUGGUGAGAGUUCACUGGACAUCGCACGGAGAUUAAAAUUUUCCCAGAUUGAAUUAAUGCUAAGGAAAGUCUCAUAG